UUGAGUAAGAGGGUUGUGACAUAUGGUAUCAGAGCUUCCGGAUUACCUACAGAAACCCACCUACACCACCCGGCAACAGCGGCAGGCGGGAGAGAUGGACAGAAGGUAGAGGAGUUGUCGGCGGCACUUAAGGCGAUCCAGGAGCAGAAUGAGUCGAUCAUGAAGGCGGCAUCGGCUUCCCACACCCUCUUCGCCGAGAUCCGCCCGGUGGUGGCGGAUUUGGCGACGUGGAAGCCACAUCAGGAGCAGUCCGUCGCGGAUCUGCGGCAAGAGCUUGGAGGAGUACGCCAGGAGAUCGACCUCAUCGCGCGCAACCCGGUCCUCGCCCUCAAGCCGUCGGACCUCCCUCUGAUUCUUCCAAGGCCAAGCAGCGCGCCGUUCCCCAAUGGCGGCAGCAGCUCUCAAGGGCCCGAUGGCCACCGCAUCGAUCUGCUUCACCGGGGGGUGGCUCUGGGGUUGUUACCACCCUACUCCCGCCUCCGGCCACGGGAAGAGGCACUGGAGAUUUCCAAGCGGCGCGAGCCUCGGCGCUGGGAAGGGGGCUCAGGUGGUGGGCAGAGCAUCCGCUCCCGUCUCCGGGGGGCCAUGCCCCUUCCUGCACCUCCUGGGCGACCACCUCCCGCGGCAACAACAGCCACGGACGACCGCCGCGGGGCAACGACAGACAGUUCCCGGAGCGGAAACACGGUCGAAGAUCGCCUCUCCGCGCUCAAGGCCUAUCGUCGGGCCAAGGGGCUAUGUUAUCUCUGUGGAGAGAAGUGGGGCAGAGAGCACAAAUGCGCAACAACAGUUCAACUCCAUGUUGUCCAAGAGAUGUUCGAUGUGCUGGGUUUCUCAGGCCUACCAACCAGCGAAGAGCGAUCAGACUCAGAAAGUGAGUGCCACACCAUCUCAAGAGUUGCGACGCAAGGUACAGUAGCCCCGCAAACCAUCAGAUUGCAGGGGAAGAUUCAAUAGCAGCAAGUGUUUGAUACGUCUCCAACGUAUCUAUAAUUUUUGAUUGCUCCAUGCUAUAUUAUCUACUAUUUUGGACAAUAUUGGGCUUUAUUAUCCACUUUUAUAUUAUUUUUGGGACUAACCUAUUAACCAGAGGCCCAGCCCAGAAUUGCUGUUUUUUGCCUAUUUCAGAGAUUCGCAGAAAAAGAAUAUCAAACGGAGUCCAAACGGAAUU